CCUGAAAUAAACUUCCUGCAAUUCUUUGCAGUGUGCAGGUGUCCGGACUCCCCCCUUUACUCAUGGUCGCCUGUGCAGCCCAUCAGACGACUGAAGGCUGUACCUAAAAUUCUGCCGGCAGUGCGAGCACACUGAAAUGGUUUUGAUCUAGUUACGGUGGACACCUUGUGCAGCUGCAGGCUGUAGCAUCCCUGAGUGUUGUGUUCCAGGAGUCUACACGUGUCGAGGACUGCCUGGAAUAGAAAAAGGAAAGCUGCAGAGAUUGUAAGCUGCUGCUUGAUCCGUGUGGCUGUUGUGCCGAGGAGCAUCAGAACUUUGCUGGAUGGAUCCGACAGCUCAUUGCAGAGUAGAGGUGCUAGAGGGUGCUGCUGAAGAAGAGGCUGAAGAGCCAGACGCUACUGUGCAUGCUACACUAAGUGAGGAGACCAGCAACCAAGAAAAAAGCCACAGUCAAUCAGGGAAUAACAAUGAAGAGAAGCAGCUGGAAAGCUUAAACAGCUACAAGGUAUCACCAAGCUCACCAAACAGUUUGGACGGACCAGACCUGUCCUCCAUUGAUGCCAUGAUGUCAGCAGUGAUGAAUGUGGGGAAGAUUGCUGAAAAUGGUGGGAACUCUCAAAAUGUCAAAUCCCCUACGAAGUCUCCUGCACCAAAUCGGAUUGGCAGGAGGAACCAGGAAACAAAAGAAGAGAAGUCUUCCUAUACCUGUCCUCUCUGUGAAAAGAUUUGCACUACACAGCACCAGUUAACUAUGCACAUUCGUCAGCAUAACACUGACACUGGAGGGACAGACCAUUCCUGCAGCAUCUGUGGAAAGUCUCUGAGCUCAGCGAGCUCGCUUGAUCGCCACAUGCUGGUGCACUCAGGUGAAAGGCCUUAUAAAUGUUCGGUAUGUGGACAGUCCUUCACCACCAAUGGCAACAUGCACAGGCACAUGAAGAUUCAUGAGAAGGAUCCAAACAGCACUGCGAGCACAACUCCCCCAUCCCCGCUGAAGCGCAGGCGAUUGUCUUCGAAACGGAAAUUCAGUCACGAUGCUGAGAUGGACAGAGAGGAAAGGACACCUGCAAAAAAGGUUGUUGAAGAUGGUCACUCUGGUGAAGGGGAUAAGAGGGCUGAGGAGGAAGUUUAUCAUUGUCCAGUGUGUUUCAAAGAAUUUUUUUGCAAGUAUGGGCUGGAGUCCCACAUGGAGACACAUCCAGAUAAUUCACUGAGGUGUGACAUCUGUUGUAUUACCUUUCGUACUCACCGGGGCUUGCUGCGCCAUAAUGCAGUUAUCCACAAGCAGCUUCCCAGAGAUCUCAUGGGAAAACCUUUCAUUCAGAACAACCCUUCAAUACCAGCAGGCUUCCAUGACUUGGGAUUCACCGACUUCUCCUGUAGGAAGUUCCCCCGCAUUGCUCAGGUGUGGUGUGAGACGAAUCUGCGAAGGUGCAUCAGUGACUUCCAUCGGUUUAUUUGCGAGACAUGUAACAAAGCAUUCCCCAUGCUUUCGGCACUCAAACUGCACAUGGAAACUCACGUGGUGGAUCAGGGAAAAGACAAGCACAAGCCACAGUCCACGACCCCACCCAGUGAGAACCCAGACCAGAAAGCCUUCAUGGCAUCCUUGGGCCUACAGUACACCAAAGACAUCAAGCCUGUCAAGCAGGAGGACAAUACACAAGAUGAGGUCCAAGAAAUACAGCUCAGAGCACUGAAGAGUAACCUACCUCAGGAACCCGGCAGCACCGGUCUGCUCAGCCUCUCUCCUCUGGAAGCUGCCUCUAUGGGAGGGUCAUUUUCAGUCCUUCCCCCUACAAAAGAGAACAUAAAGCUUCUUUCGCUGCAGCCUUUCCAGAAGGGUUUUAUCAUCCAGCCUGACAGCAGUAUUGUGGUAAAACCCAUCUCCAACGAGUCUGCCAUUGAGCUGGCAGAUAUUCAGCAGAUCUUGAAGAUGGCUUCUUCUGCUCCUCCUCAAAUCAGUCUUCCUCCACUUUCUAAGGCACCUUCUGUCCCUGUGCAGUCAAUUUUCAAGCAUAUGCCACCGCUGAAGCCAAAGCCUUUGGUAACGCCCCGAACAAUAGUUGCGACCUCUACACCACCUCCUCUUAUCAGUGCCCAGCAAGCCUCGCCUGGCUGCAUCAGCCCAAGCCUCCCACCUCCCCCUCUGAGGUUGAUCAAGAACUCAGUGGAGUCCUCCUCCAACUCUCACCUCGCCCAGCCAGGAGCCAAAUCAAGUGCUUCCUCACAGUUGCUCCUCCAACCCAAAGUAGAGCCUUUAACUCAGCAUGAGAUGAAGACACAACUGGAGCAGGACAGAAUCAUUGAAGCUCUCCUGCCUCUGAGUAUGGAAGCCAACAUCAAGCAAGAGGUCACAGAAGGAGAGCUCAAAGCCAUCAUGGCAGGGGCAGCAAACAAGAAAGCCCCAACCAUGAGGAAGGUUUUGUAUCCUUGCCGUUUCUGCGACCAGGUGUUUGCCUUCUCUGGUGUCCUGAGAGCUCACAUCCGCUCUCACUUGGGUAUUUCCCCGUACCAGUGCAACAUCUGUGACUACAUCGCAGCCGACAAGGCGGCGCUGAUCCGGCACCUGCGGACACACAGUGGGGAGAGGCCUUACAUCUGCAAAAUCUGCCACUACCCCUUCACAGUGAAAGCCAACUGCGAGAGGCACCUGCGAAAGAAGCACCUCAAAGUGACCAGGAAGGAUAUAGAGAAGAACAUUGAAUAUGUCACCAGCAAUGCUGCAGAGAUGGUGGACGCCUUCUGCUCCCCAGACACUGUGUGCAAGCUGUGUGGUGAGGACCUCAAGCAUUACCGGGCCCUCCGCAUUCACAUGAGGACACACAGUGGCUGCCAGAAGAAGAAGCCGUUUGAGUGCAAGGAGUGUGGCACAGCCUUUUCGGCCAAGAGAAACUGCAUUCACCAUAUCCUCAAGCAGCACUUGCACGUGCAAGAAAGGGAGAUUGAGAAUUACAUCUUAGCAGUGGACUGCAGUGCUCAGGAAAGCCAGACAGACCCUCCCUUACUGGAGGACAGCACUUACAUGGACCACAAGUCCGUGACGCCUUUCCUGGAGCCGCAGAACGGCUUCUUGCUCGGGACGCCGUCGCACGUUCCCAUCAAACUUGAACCUACGGGCAACUUCCCUAUGGAUUUCGACGAGCCAUUGGAUUUCUCUCAAAAGAGCAAAACCCUGAGUGCUGUGCAAGUGAAACAGGAGAAUCUCUUUGGCUCUUCUCCCUUGUCCCCGUAUGACUGUUCCAUGGAGCCUAUUGACUUGUCCAUCCCCAAAGCCCUGAAGAAGGAUAAAGAUGAUGUCCCUUGUGAAGCCAAGAACCAAGAAUUGGCUGCUUCAGGGAACAGCGAUAAAGCCUUUAACUGUCUGCAGUGUCCUGUGGUUUUUGGUGCCAAUGGGAACUCAGAGACAAACAUGGCCAUCAGGCACCCUCAGCCACUGAAAGGUUCAUUGCAUUUGACUGUCCCAAUCAUUUCCCCAGCUCUUCUUGGCAAUUCUACCUUGCUGAGACCUUUGAGGCCUAAACCACCACCACCACCUCUCUUGCCAAAGCCUCCAGUAGCUAAAGAGCUGCCACCGUUGGCUUCCAUUGCACAGAUCAUUUCAUCCGUGUCUUCUGCUCCUGCAUUGCUGAAAGCAGAGGCUGCAGACGCUAGUCCCAAGGCAUUGAGCAGCUCCACUGGGUGUGACGUAUCAGGGAAUGCCAAAACAAAAGUGACAAUCACAACCACAAUGCAGAGAGACUCCAGCCUGCCCAGUGACCUGGCUCAGGCCUGUGAGCCAGAGCAGUCUCCUGUUGCUGAUGCCAGCUUGACUAAGAAAAGAGGGAGAAAGAAAGGAACAAAAAACAAGCCUAAGCCCAGCAGUGGUGUGGAUCUGGAGUCAAGUGGGGAGUUUGCCAGCAUCGAGAAGAUGCUGGCUACCACAGACACUAAUAAAUUUAGCCCCUUUCUGCAGUCCACUGAUAAUUUCAAGGAAGAAAGUGGAAGAAAUGGAACAAGUGAGGAUGAAAAGGAAACUGCUGAAGAUAAGCUGCUGAGAGGGAAGAGGAAUGCUUACUCAGACUGCUUGCAAAAUAUCCCCUGCCCUUGCUGUCCUCAGGUGUUUCCGUGGGCAAAUUCCCUGCAGCGGCACAUGCUCACUCACACAGACAGCCAGGCUGAUGCAGAGACACUAGCGACAGGAAACGAAGUCUUGGACCUGACCUCCGGUGAGAAGGAACAGCCAGGUGAAAUAACAGAGCUGCCAGAGAGUGAGCGUGGCCCCAAGGAGGAGCAGAAGGCUGACUCCCCUCCCGCCGAAGAGGAUGCUGAAGAAAAAGCAGAUGGAUAUGAAGAGGGCCCCGAGGAAGAUUCUGUAAGUAACAAAAGUCUUGACCUCAAUUUUGCCAGCAAAUUAAUGGACUUCAAGCUGGCAGAGAGUGACCAGAGUGCAGGCAGCAGUUCUCAGACUGAAAGGAAACAUCCCUGUGACAUUUGUGGCAAAACCUUCAAGUUUGCUGGCACUCUUAGCCGUCACAAAAAGGCCCACACUCGUGAGGACAGAAAGGAUGAAAGGAGCAGUGAGGAUGAAAGCAAAAGCAUUCAGGAUGAUGCAGGAGCUCCCUCGAUGCAGGUCUCUGGUCUUGAGCAGGAAGAGUCUCCGAUGGACUUGAAGGUAGUGGAGUCUCCUGUGGACUUUGAGGCAACAGGAAAGGAGAAUGAAGAGAGCGAAAGCAUCUCUGAGGGGGAAGGCACAGAGAGAAAGUCCACUGAGAAGAGCAGUGAUGACAGAAAACCAAAGACUGAUGGGGCUAAGAGUACUGAAAAAGCAGACAAAAGAAAGAAAGUCUGUACUGUGUGCAACAAGCGUUUCUGGUCUCUGCAAGAUCUGACGCGACAUAUGCGGUCUCAUACAGGUGAGAGACCUUACAAGUGUCAAACCUGUGAACGGACCUUUACUCUGAAACACAGUCUGGUUCGUCACCAGCGCAUACACCAGAAAGUCAAAACCACCCGAAACCACGGGAAGGAGAGUGACAAGGAGGAGACCCAGUCGAGGUGUGGAGAAGACAGCGAAAAUGAGUCUAGCCACAGCGGCACCAACCCCAUCUCAGAAAACGAGUGUGACUCUGCAGGGGCUGUCGGUAGCCUCACGGGAAGCCGAAAUGAGUCCCUGGCUGGCACGGUCAAGGACUUGCCCUGCAGAGAGGAGAGGCCAAGCGGGCGAGGAGCCAGCACCUGCCCCCUGGAGCCCAUCAAGAGUGCUCAGAAACAGACUGCGAAAGACCAGGAGCCUCGGGCUAGCUCUGAGCAGGAGAGGCCCUCAGGUUUCAUUCAAGACUUGCUGGAGAUGCACAACAAAAAGUCUCCCCUGAAUCACAUCCUCGCCCCUGCAGACAGCACGCCUCAGCUCCUGGGGGUCGAAUGACUCGGCUUAGGGGUCAGACCUGUCCCGGCGUGCCCGGCUGAAGGCAGCAGAGCGAGGUUGCUGGAGUCUGGGGUUUUGAAGAGCGACCUGGAGCUGGCGGGGAGUGGAGAACGGCAGACUGGAUGCAGUGCCAUAUGCCUUUCAGUAUAAUAAUGCAAGAGAACUACAGUCUAUACUGAUUUGAGUGCCUUACUACUUUAUUAGAUCUUUUGGUAUCAUAGAUUUUUUUUUUCCCCAAAAUGAUUUCUUUUUUUUUUUAAUAUUUUAAUGAAUUAUUUGGAGAGGACCUUUUUCAUUUAAGCAUUAAUGUUACCUUUUGUAUUGGUGUGCGUGAGCUUGUUCUUGUUCAAUCUGUGAUAGUUACUGUGUUUGUUCUCUGAGCUGGAAAUGGGGGCAGUGGGGUGGGAGGCCCUUAGAUACCACAGACAAUAACUGGAAGAAAACUGAUGUGAAUUUCAUAUGAACUAGUCAGAGGAAAACGCAGGUUGAGAUGUUGAUUUAUUUCGUUCUCAGUAGAUGUUCUUGCGUUUGCCACACGGUGGAGCAUUAAGCCUGUUCCAGGGCUCCCACUCUGGAGCCGAGCCUCAACAACGUGGCGCGUUCGAAGGUGUUUCAAAGUGGUUCGAGCCAAAAGCAGGAAACACAACGAAUUUCAACCUCAUGCUUGUUUCCACUUUUCAGCAUUAGAAAUGGUCUUCGAAAUCCUUUUUUUUUUUAAUUAUUAUUAUUAUUAUUAUUAUUUUGAGAGGGGGGGUGGGGAAGGGUGUUCUGGCCAUCGUGGACUGAGCAGUGUAUACAGAGAAGAGUUACAUAGCAACAUAACCUAUGGAAAUGAUGCACCCGCUGUUAUAUAUGUUUGAUUUGCUUCAAUAUAUUAUUAUUAUUAUUAAUAUUAUUAUUAUUAUUUUAUUAUUAUUAUUAUUUUAUAAAUCCAUCAGUUGGCUUGUCUCUGCAGUCAGCAGAAACCGAUGGGCAAUAUUUGCCCCUCCCCCCCUCCCGCAGAUGCGUAACGCAGCUUGGAUUCCCCUCACCAAAAUUGCUGGGUUUUGUUUUUUUGACUUAGCGCUUUCACCAGCUCCUCUUCUUAUGUUGCAGCUCUUCUACUGUACUCUCAAUGAACCCCUUCCUCUCGCCAGAGAGUCGAACAGAAACCAGCGAGGUACCGUCGCACCCGUACAGGGGAGCAUCUCACUCGUGGUGCGGGGGGGUGUGUCUGUGGGCAGGGAGGAGACACUUGCGCGAACAAGGAGGCUAUGUAAGGCCCCUCCAGGCGCAUCAGAAGUACCGCGAGUGGCAGAUGAAUCCCGUUAGAAUCCCGUUGGUGACAGCGUGUGUUACUCAGAGCAAAGUUAUUCUGUCUUCCAGUCCAAAGCUAGCAAGAGAGAAAGGCAAGCCCUACCCGUCGUCUUGCUGCCGGUGCGUUCUGGAGCAAGAAAAUACUACUGGUAAUAAAAACUACAGACAUGUUAAAAGUAAAUAAAAUAAAUUAAAGAAAAAAAAAGAGAAUAAAUAAAAUAAAAGAAAUUCUUCCUGAGAUUUUGGGGUUGAUGCUUGAAGACUUAGAGGUGUGUUGUCUAAAUUUCAUAUCAAAUCUAAUCCCUUUAAUGUUGGCAGCUGGGAUUUCUCCCCAUGGCUCCUGUUGCCGGCAACAGGUGACACUCCAGCCACCACUGUUGAAGGGGUCGAGCAAAAUGUCUCCUACUGUAGCUGUGCAUUUUUAGGAGUGCCCAGCGUUGAUUGUUUUGUUGUUGUCCUUUGUUGUCAUUUGUUGUCCUUCUUGUUGUUUGUGAAUUGUCUGUCAGUCGUGACCUCUGGGACAGACAGAGCCAUAAUAGCAUUGCCGGAGCCUCACUGUGCUAUUCCACCGCUGCAGCCCUACCCUCCCAAGCCCAGCCCUCACUGGGACCCUCCUUCCCUCCCCUCUCCUUGCAGAAACGCGUUUCCUGCUCUCUCCAGGCAUGGAGGAAGGUGAGCCUCAAACCCAGCCUAGAUUAUAUUUCAUAGAAACUUAUACAAUUCUCCCCAAAUUUUCUGGAGGCCAAAAUCUCAUCGUCCAGAAUUCAGAUGCAAGAGAAAGGUUUUCGAGUAGUAUUCUUGCGAAUAGAGUUGAGAAGAACCAGCUGAUGGUUGAGCUAUCUGUAACGAUUUCUGUUGAGGUGGCUGCGGUGACUUCUCUUGAGGUGGCUGAUGUCUGUUGAGGUAUCUGUGAUGACUUCUGUCGAGAUACCUGAUUUCUGUUGAGGUAUCUGUGAUGAUUUCUGUUGAGGUAUCUGUGAUGACUUCUGUCGAGAUAUCUGUUGAGGUAUCUGUAAUGACUUCUGUUGAGGUAUCUGUGAUGACUUCUGUUGAGCUAUCUGUGAUGAUUUCUGUUGAGGUAUCUUGAUUUCUGUUGAGCUAUCUGUGAUGAUUUCUGUUGAGGUAUCUUGAUUUCUGUUGAGCUAUCUGUGAUGAUUUCUGUUGAGGUAUCUGUGAUGACUUCUGUUGAGGUAUCUUGAUUCCUGUUGAGAUAUCUGAUUUCUGCCGAGGUAUCUAUCUGUGAUUUCUAUUGUUGGGAAUUGUUAUUUUUGGUGUUACUCUUUGUGUAAAUAGGGAUGUUUGAAGCAGUUCAGAAUGAAAGCUAAGGCCAGCUCUAGGUAAACUCGUCACAACCAAUGAUUCAGAUGAAAACUCUCUACCCAGGUGCAUUCUACUCAAACCCCUCUCACGCAUCCCUUAAAUUGUUAAUACUAUUAUAAUUAUUAUAAUUAUUAUUAUUUUGGGGUUGGGGUUUGUUUUUUUUUUUGGUCAUUUGGGGGUGUGUUUUUGUUUGUUUGUUUUGUUGUUGUUGGGUUUUGUUUUCUCUUGCAGCUCUCCACACUUAAAACUGCUCGAUAACUGUGGGAGAGAAGCCAUUACUAAACUAUAUGCUGCAGAAUGAUGUAGCAAGUAAUUAAUUCCCAGCAGCCUGCCGGGACGUCUGCUAGCAAUAAUCACUAUUGAUUUAAAGCUUUAUUUAGCCUUUUAUCUAUAUCCUUGUAGAGUUUUAAGGUCUUGCCACAUUUUAUUGACAUGUUUAUUAGUUGAGUUUGACCGAGAACCGUUGCUGUUGUUGGGCUGUUUCGUUUUGUUGGGUUUUUUUGUUUCCUCUCCUCCCCUUUUCCCCCCUCCCUUCCCUCCUUCCCCCCCCCCCAAGUAUUAAACUGUGAAAUUGAUAAUGUUUAUGGGUGAAUCUUAGGCUUUAGUUUGCAUGUUCAGCUAAUUUGUCUCUAUACAAUUUUUUUUUGUUUGUUUGUUUGAAUCUUUUUAUUGUUUUGUUAUUUUUGGUUGGUUUGUUUUGGGUUUUGUUUUUUUUUUCCUCUCUCAGGGCUUUUACAAAAAAUAUUAAAAAAAAAAAAACAAACAAAAAAAAGACAUAAAAAGAGAAAAAAAACAAAAGGAUCUGAAAUUCUUUUUUUUUGCCUGAGUUGCAAUGGACUUAACAUUGAGAUAAUUCAAUCACUACAUUAAGCACUUGACUGUGAAAGAGCAAAAGAAAAAAGAAAGUAACUAAAUAAAGGAAACAAAAAAAGAGAGAAGCUUGUUUGAGGCUGUUGUGAAAUAACUUCUGGGGGCUACGUGAGAGCCUGAUUCCAUUUUCAGAGCGAUUCAUUCUCUUCUCCCUCCUCUCUCUGUCUCUCCUUCCUUUCUUCUCUCUCUCUCUCCACGAAGGAAGUUUAAUCCUAGUGAUUUCAUCCCACACAGGAAACAGUCAUAAAUGUGUAGAAUUCAUUAUUUUUUUUUUCUCUAAAGGGAACUUAAAAACUGCUGCUACGAAUUGUGUACAAGACUGGUUAAAUGCCACAUGAACAGAGAAUCACACGUUUUGUUUUGGUACUCUUACUCCUCUUUUCGUCCCAUUGUACAGUACUUCCAAAUCCAAACUGAAAAGUACAAGUUUUGUUCUGUAUCAAACCAUCUAAGCAAUAAAAUGUUGUAUUUAAAAAUUA